AUGCUUCCAAAGGAGAUUGGUCAUCUGGGGCAGGGGAUCGAGUCGUUCCUCUCUCGAAGGUUCGAGAAUGCCCCACCUGCGUUUGUGGUGAUGGACGUGAUGAUGAACUGGAGCAAACACAUUUUCAAGAAAGCCAACAUACCUCUGGCGCCUACGCAGCUGCCUGCAAUGGAGUAUGUUGCGUGGAAUGCUGGUGUGGAUGACAUGCCCGGGCUGCCGGAGAGCAUGGCCAUGAGGUAUUCGGAGACUAGGAGACAGGAUCGCCGACAGCAUGAGCAGAGUGAUGGGGGGAGAAUAGUGCAUCAGCCAAGUUGGGUGGAUGAGACGGAAGGCUCUACUGCUCUGUUAAUCAACACUUGUGAAGGUCUUGAAUCUCCUUUUCUCAUGUAUCUUACAGGACAAGUAGAGAAGCCUGUUUUCGGUGUGGGACCAUUGCUGCCGGGGACGUUCUGGGAGUCAAUUGGCUCGGUUAUGCAUGACCGAGAUAGCAGGCCGAGGCGUGAGACUAACUACACGGAAGAUGAGGUGAUCCAGUGGCUGGACUCGAAGCCAGGUGGGUCGUCAUCUACGUGUCGUUUGGUAGCGAGGUGGGCCCGUCUAUGGAGGAGUAUGAUGAGUUGGCAGAGGCAUUGGCGGAGACGGAGAAGCCGGGUCAUCCAGCCCGGAGCUGGACGUUCUAGCCCGCCUGCCAACUUUUUUGGCGGGAGAGCUGUUGGAAAGAUAACUUGA